ACAUGGGGUGGUCGUGGAAAGCCAUUCCUUGACUGAGAGGGUAAUAUUUUUGUUACCAUCAUCAGCAAGUGCCUCCCAAGCGGCAUCAGGCUCGUCUGCUACCGCUUUGCGCUGUUUUAAUCUCAAGGGGUUUCUUUUGAAGUGUUCCAGCCAUGGCUACCAAGGUCAUGCAUUUUAAUCAGAAGAAGCAUGUGAGCCACGUCAGCCAUCACAGCUCUCACACUACUAAGCAUGUUGUCAAGGAGCACUCUUCAAGGAAAUCAAGCUCUAAGUCUGUGAACCAGGUGCAGCACACCCACGCCACAGAGGCUAUGGCUGAACCAGCCUAUACAGUGCCGGCGUUCAGGCAGAGGAGCGCCGAUGAGAUAGAGGAGUACCAGCGAGUGUCUAGUCAUGUUGGGAAAGGACUUGCUUCAAUUCAGAAGGAGCUCCACAGGAUGAAAGUGGCCACAAAGACCCAAGUGGAGAAUAUUGCGAUAACGAGAGAGGUGCAGGAGAUGAUGCACAAGAAGAUGACGUUGAGUACGGAGACGGACAAGGCCCCUGACUUCAUGGUGGCUCUGAGGCCCCACACCGUAUGGGAGAAGACUCCUGUCAAGCUGUUCUGCACCGUAGGCGGUCACCCCAGGCCUAUUGUCAAAUGGUAUAAGGGAGGAAAACCUGUUGACCCACUGAGUGCCCCAGGAAAGUACAAGAUGGAGAGCAAGUAUGGAGUACACAGUCUGAUUAUUAGCAGGUGUGUGGUGAGUGAUACUGCUGAGUACAGUGCCGUAGCAACAAACUCCCAUGGCUCAACUACCAGCAAGGCCUCUGUCACUGUCAAGAGACCAGCAGGAGGAGCCUGCCAGCUUUUUGGUCAAGUUCCCCAUAUGACUGUGAUCCACCACAGUAAGCUGGAGAUCACCAUGCUGGAUAGGUUUGGAGUGUCGUUCGGAACAGAGGGUGGUUCCAUUCGUCUGGUGUGUACCAUGGUGGUGGUCCCUGAUCUGCCCAACGUACCACCACUGGCCCAGUGGUACAGAGACGAUAAACUGCUGAAGGCAGGGAAGUUGGCUGAGAUUAAGGUUGGUGGGGGCGCUGCCACUUUGACUUUGCCACACCUGGCAAAGGAUGAUGAGGGUCUGUACACCCUCCGCAUGUGGACGAAGGACGGCACCACCGAGCACAGUGCCUACCUCUUUGUGAAAGAUGCUGCUCCCUCUGUGGCCGGAGCACCCGGUGCACCAAUCAGCAUCAAGGCGUUCGACAUCAACUCGGACUAUGUCCUGGUUGCCUGGAAGCCCCCCAACACCACCAACGAGGCUGCCAUCACCGGAUACUUUGUGGACAAACGUGAGUCUGGUAGUGCUACCUGGUCCCAGUGUAACGACUCCCCAGUGCGGAUCUGUAAGUACCCCGUGCAUGGCCUGAAAGUGGGUCACGCCUACCACUUCCGGGUCAGGGCUGUCAACAGUGCCGGGAUCAGCAGACCAUCCCGCGAGUCUGACAAGGUGACUGCCCUGGACCCAGCUGAGCGAGAGAGACUGCAAGUGAUUAAACUGGAUGGGAAACAUGAAGUAGUGAUUAAAGAUGAUGACCUGGAAGGUGUUCCCUCGGCUCCUGGUCAGGUGGUUGCCACCAGGAACACCAAGUCCUCCGUGUUUGUGCAGUGGGACCCCCCCAAACACCCUAACCACCUCAUGGGGUACUACAUAGACGCCUCUUUGGUGGGAUCAAAGACCUGGGCCCCAUGCAACCACAAGCCCUACAAGCACACCAGGUUUGUGGUCCAUGGACUGACCCCGGGAGAGACCUAUGUGUUCCGUGUCCAGGCUGUCAAUGUCUAUGGCCUCAGUGAUGAGUCCCAGGAGUCUACUCCUAUUGCUGUGGAGCCCGCCCUCACGACGCCCAGUGCACCUCAUGGCAUCACCAUGCUGAGCUGUGACGGAGCCUCCAUGAUCAUUGCCUGGAACAGUCCCAAGCAUGGCGGUGGCUCCAAGAUCAACGCCUACUACGUCGACAAGCGUGAUGCAGACAGCCUGGCCUGGAAGGAGGUCAACUCUGCCCCCACCAAGACCAGGACCUACACGGUUGAUGGUCUGACGGAGGGAACCUUCUAUGAGUUUAAGGUCCAGGCUGGGAACCUGGCAGGUGUGGGUGUGCCCUCUGCUCCCAGCACACCUCUGAAGUGUGAGGCCUGGACUUCUGCAGUACCUGGUCCAGCCUAUGACUUGGCCUUCAGAGAGGUCAGAGGUGACUCCCUGGUCAUCCUGUGGAAGGCCCCUGUCUACACCGGUGCCAGUGCCGUCACUGGAUACAUCGUGGAGAUGGCCAAGAAGGGCCAUCACUACCACCCCCUGAAUGAAGAGGCUAUUGGCCACUGUUACCUGCAGGUGAACGGUCUGGAGGCAGGAGCAGAGUAUACGUUCAAAGUGAAGGCGGUCAAUGCUGAGGGAGUAGGAAAGGCCUCCCAGACAUCUGAGCCAGUGGUUGCCAAGGCUCUGCCAGGCACCCAGGAGAUCCAGUGUGGAGUGGAUGAGGACACUGGUGAUAUUUUCCUGUCAUUCGAGGCCUGUGAGAUUUCUGAGACCUCCAACUUUGCUUGGUCUAAGAACUACAAAGAAAUCAGUGACUGUCCAAGAGUCGCCAUAGAAACUAAGGGCAAACACUCUAAGCUGACUUUCGUCAACCCAGACGUAAGUGAUUUGGGUGCCUUCUCUGUGCAUGUGACUGACACUGAAGGAGUUUCUGCUAGCCACACACUGACAGAGGAUGCCCUGAACACCAUGCUGGAACUCAGCUACAACAUCAGACAUCCAAUUGUCCCACUGAAGCACCAACUGAACUAUGAGGUUCUAGAGAAGGGCCACGUGCGUUUCUGGCUGCAGUGCCUCAAGAUGUCACCCGCCGUCACCUAUAGGUUCAUUGUCAAUGACAAGGAGGUCACCAGCAGUGAUAGCCACAAGAUCAGCCAUGACGUGAACACCGGGGUGAUCCAGAUGACUGUGGAUCACUUCUCCAAGGCCAGCGAGGCCACCUACACCGUCCAGAUCCACGACGGCAGAGCCAAGAACCAGAGCUCUCUGGUCCUGGUGGGAGAUGUGUUCAAGGCUGCCUUGAAGGAGGCUGAGUUCCAGAGGUCAGAGCACAUCAGGAAACAAGGUCCCCACUUUGCUGAGUACCUUUCCUACCAUGUGGAUGACGAUUGUACUGUUCUGCUCGUCUGCAAGGUUGCCAAUGUGAAGAAAGAGACUGUGUUCCACUGGUUCAAGGAUGAGGAGGAGAUUGUUCUGGAGACCCCUCCUAACGUGAUGUCUGGAUCUGUUGCUCUCCCCAUCUCCUUGUUCUCCAGAAAAGACCAGGGCCAUUACAAAGCUAAACUCAGUGAUGACAGAGGGAAAGACACUUCUGUCUUUGACAUUUCUGGCCAAGUGUUUGACGAUAUUAUCAACGCCAUUGCCCACAUUGCUGGGUCCUCUGCCUCUGAGCUGGUGCUUCAGUGUACCCCAGAAGGCAUCAGGCUCCAGUGCUACAUGAAGUACUACACAGAGGAGAUCAGGACUGCCUGGUUGCAUAAGGAUAGCAAGAUCUCGUCGUCUGAGAAGAUGAGGAUCGCCGGCACAGCUGAGAUGGCCUGGAUGCAGAUCAGGGAGCCUUCAGAGAAGGAGAAGGGACACUACUCCAUCCAGAUUAUGGAUGCCACCAAGUCCCACACUCGCACAUUCGACCUCUCCGGACAAGCAUAUACCGAUGCCUAUGAGGAGUACCUGAGACUCAAGGCUGCAGCCUUCGCUGAGAAGAACCGUGGUAGAGUGGUUGGUGGUCUGCCAGAUGUGGUCACCAUUAUGGAGCAGAAGACCCUGAGCCUGACCUGCACAGUCUGGGGUGACCCCAGUCCAGAGGUCACCUGGUUCAAGAAUGAAAAUGAGGUAGUCUCCACUGAGCACGCCAAGAUAACGCUUGAGGCCAAUAAGUUCGCCAGCCUCACCAUCACCGCCGUCACGUCCGAGGAUUCCGGCAAGUACAGCAUCAACGUACGGAACAAAUAUGGCGGGGAGUUCGUGGAGAUCACCGUGAGCGUCUACAAGCAAGGCGAGAGCCCCCCGAGGCCAAAAUAGGAGGGAGAGGAGCAACACCUGCACCCCUGGCCUCCAAGACCCCUGCCCAAACCCCUACCCCUGCCCAAACCCACAUCCCCCAGACCCCCACCCCGUCCCUUAAGUCCCCCACUCCAUCCCCAAAGUCCCCCACCCCAACCGCCAAAUCCCCAACCCCCACCCCUAAGUCCCCAACCCCCACUAGGCGUGUUAAGUCGCCCAGCCCUGCCAGAUCUCUCAAGUCACCAACCCCCCCUAGAAAGUAACCAGGGAUGUUGAUGCCUGAGAAGGCUUGAGGCGUUUCCUGCUACUGUUUUAUAGCAUGAGUUGAGUGAAACCAGAAGCUGUUACAUGGUGUCCAUUUUAGAUGUCAUAUAGCUUGGUCACAGCUUUAACGGGCAAGAAAUGUUGAAAAAAUGAACAGAGUAGAUGUUAAUCAUAAGUGUUAAUCAUAAAAAAGCUGCACCUUCCACUAUACUGUACUAUAUAAUGGAAUGUCUGAAGACCUGGGAUCAGCCUGUCUAAAGUGCCAGGUGGGCGGAAUUUUCCAUUUCAACAGGCAAGCUCAAUCAAGCACAGCUAAAGUAUUUGAAGUGAUUUCAAAUAGUAUUUGAGCCCAGGUCUGAAUGUCUGUGUCCAUUUCUCUGUGGAUGGUGAAUAGAUGUCAGAGAGUGCAGACGGAAGACACACAGCCAGUGCCGUCCGCACUGCAGUCACUAUGCCAGAGAAGUUAUGUUUGUCUGCACCGUGUUGCAUUUCCCCCUUUGUUUUGUGUUAGAAAUAAACCUCAUUUAUCACCUCU